AUGCAAGCAGUACGAGCUGAAUUACGAUGGGCUGAUGGAAAAGCUAUUAAAAGUGAAGUAGAUAUUCAGAUUUUAGAUUUAUUGGGUCCUAAAACUGAAUCUGACCUGGCUCCUGUCCCCAAAACUGAAAAAAAAAUAAAGAGUAAUGAUGUUGGAAAAAAAAUGAAGAAAGAUGAUUUACAAGACAUUAAAGUAUCAGAUAAAUCAGACUCGGUUAUAUCUACUGGUGGAGCAGUGUCCAUGAUGGAUUUAAUGAAGAAAUUACCAUUUCAUGCUCCUGGUGAAAAUUAUAAGUCUGAUGGUUACAUUGUAACACCAAAUACGAAAAAAUUACUUGAAGAUCAUUUAAAAAUAACAUCAGGGAAGGUACGGACACGUUUUCCACCAGAACCUAAUGGAAUUCUACACAUAGGGCAUGCAAAAGCUAUUAACAUAAACUUUGGUUAUGCAGCUGCUCAUGAUGGCUUGUGUUUCUUAAGAUAUGAUGAUACAAACCCAGAAAAAGAAGAAGAAAAGUUCUUUGUGGGUAUAAAGGAUAUGGUGGAAUGGUUAGGAUAUAAGCCAUAUAAGAUUACCCAUUCAUCAGAUUAUUUUGACCAACUUUAUGAAUGGGCAGUUCAGUUAAUUAAAAAAGAUUUAGCUUAUGUCUGUCAUCAAAAAUCAGACGAAAUUAAGGGUUUUAAUCCACCCCCAUCACCAUGGAGAAAUAGACCAAUUGAAGAGAGUCUACAGCUGUUUGAGGACAUGAAAAAUGGCAAAAUUGAUGAAGGUGAAGCUACCUUAAGGAUGAAGAUAACUUUGGAAGAGGGCAAACAGGAUCCUGUUGCAUACAGGAUAAAGUUUAAGCCCCAUCAUCGAACAGGCAACAAGUGGUGUAUAUACCCCACAUAUGAUUACACCCACUGUUUAUGUGAUAGUAUUGAGCAUAUAACACAUUCACUGUGUACCAAGGAAUUUCAGUCUAGGAGAUCUUCAUAUUACUGGUUAUGUAAUGCUUUGGAUAUAUAUUGCCCUGUGCAAUGGGAAUAUGGCCGUCUCAAUGUCAAUUACACUGUUGUUUCUAAACGGAAAAUAGCGAAGCUCAUUGAUGAAGGAAUUGUGAAUGAUUGGGACGAUCCGCGACUGUACACUCUGACCGCGUUGCGCCGUCGCGGCGUCCCCGCUGCGGCUGUGAAUUCGUUCUGCGCGGGCCUAGGGGUGACGGGGGCCGUGGGGGCGGUGGACCCCACCAUGCUGGACGCGGCCGUCAGGGACGCCCUCAAUGUAACCGCGCCCAGAACGAUGGUAGUCUUAGAGCCUUUAAAAAUAACAAUAAGAAAUUACACAAACAACGGGCCGAUAGUCUAUACAGUCCCAGAUUUUCCCAAUGAACCCGAGAGAGGAUCUCACAAAGCGUCCUUCAACAAAGUGCUGUACAUAGAGUCCACAGAUUUCAAGGAGAUACCGGAAAAGAGCUAUCGAAGAUUGACACCAACACAAUGUGUAGGGCUGAGACACUCUGAAUUUGUUAUAAAGGUAUCUAAACUUAUUAAAGACGGAGCGGGUAAAGUCGUAGAGGUUGAGUGUGAAGCAGAGCCAAUAGCGACGGCUACAAAGCCGAAAGCUUUCAUUCAUUGGGUUUCUGAUCCCAUACCCGUCGAAGUCAGGCUCUACGAACCAUUGUUUAAACACAAAAAUCCAGAGGAUCCAGCGGAAGUCCCUGGGGGAUUCCUUUCAGAUUGUCGCCAGGACACCUUGAAAGUGGUAGAAGCGUACGCGGAUAAGUCCAUCAAAUCAGCGAAAUUCUACGACAAGUUUCAAUUCGAAAGAAUCGGAUUCUUCUCUGUCGAUCCUGACACCACACCAGAAAAAAUGGUUUUCAACAGAACGGUUUCGCUCAAGGAGGAUGUCGGAAAG